AUGAAGUAUAUUUUAAUAUCAAUAAUUCUACUACUAGAGACGAUAAAUGCAUUUCAAUUUCCAUUUAAUUUGAAUAACUUACCAAGUAAAUUAUUUACUUCAAAAAUAAACAAUUGCAAUCAUCCACAUUAUUCAAAAUUACAUCAAAAUGAAUUACCAAUAAAUUUAUCACAGUAUUCAAACGAUAUUGUCGUUAGAGUUUCAUAUACCAAAACAUUAAAAGAAUAUUUAAUACUUCAAAAGGACAUUAAAUUUAAUAAAUGGGCACAAAAUAAUAAUAAAAAGACAAUAGAUUUACAAAUCAACACUGACGAAUUCAAUAAAUUAUUAUUAAAAUUUCCAAAUUUACAAUAUGAUAUAAUUAUUGAUGAUUUAUCACAAACUAUUUAUGAAACUUACCCACAAACUAAUCAAUCUGAAUUAAAAGAUAAUGAAAAUUUAAAUUUCCAAACUCAAUCUGAAUUAUUUUUUAAAGAAUAUAGAGAUUUAGCAACUAUUAAUUCAUGGUUAAAUUUAAUUCAAAUCACAUAUCCAAAUAUUGUUAAUAUUGAAGAAAUUGGUGAAACUUAUGAGCAUAAGAAAUUAAAAGUUGUUCAUUUUCAAGUACCUAAUGAUGAUAUUGAACAUCAUGAAAAAAAGACAAUAGUUAUAACAGGUGGUGUUCAUGCAAGAGAAUGGAUUUCAGUAUCAAGUACAUUAUAUUUAAUUUAUCAAUUCAUUCAAUUAUUUAAUUCAUGGCCCAAUUCCAAGAUAUUAACAGAAUUAAAUUUCUUAUUCAUACCAGUUUUCAAUCCAGAUGGUUAUGAAUAUACUUGGACAACAGAUAGAUUAUGGAGAAAAAAUAGACAAGAAACUCCUAUUCCAAAAUGUUUUGGUAUAGAUAUUGAUCAUUCUUAUGAUUAUCAUUGGACUAAAUCUACUGAUUGGGCAUGUGGAGAAGAAUAUAGUGGAGAAAUACCAUUUGAAUCAUUUGAAUCAAGAAUUUGGGAUAAUUAUUUAAAUGAAACAAAUAAAGAACAUAAAAUUUAUGGUUACCUUGAUUUACAUUCAUAUUCACAAGAAGUAUUAUAUCCUUAUGCUUACUCAUGUAAUCAACAACCAAGAGAUGAAGAAAAUUUAAUAGAAUUAGCUUGGGGUAUAGCAAAAUCAAUAAGAUUAAAAAGUGGAUAUAAUUAUCAAGUAUUACCUGCUUGUAUUGAUAAAGAUUCGGAUCUUUUACCUGAUUUAGGUUCUGGUUCAAGUUUAGAUUAUAUGUAUCAUAAUAAAGCUUAUUGGGCUUAUCAAUUAAAAUUAAGAGAUACUGGAUCUCAUGGAUUUUUAUUACCUUCAAAAUAUAUUGAACCAGUUGGUGAUGAAAUUGUUUCUGCUAUUAAAUAUUUUUGUGAAUUUAUUUUAAGUGACGAUAGAUGA